AUGACGUCCAUCGUGCUGCUCACGAUGGUGUUGCUGGAGUCCGUCAUGCUGCAGACGAUCCUGUUGGUGGAGUUCCUCGCGCUGCUCGCGUUCGUCGCGCUGGAGUCCGUCGUCAAACUCACGAGGCCCACGAUCGCACUGCGGGAGUCCGUCGUGCCGCUUGACUUCCAGCAGCUGGAAUCCAUGCCCCUGGCCAGGGCGGCCGCUGCCGCCCAAAGCCCUGCAGAGGCCACCGCCGCAACGGCGUCCGCGGCGGCGGAGGCGGCGCCAGCCGCGCCCGUAGCGCCCACGGUGUCGGCGGCGCCCGCAGCGCCGGAGGCGCCAGCGGCGUGCGCGGCGCCAGCAGCGCCAUCGGCACCCGCGGCGUCGGCGGCGCCCGCGGCGCCCGCGGCGCCGGUUGGCGCCCCCAGCGCGGCAGUGCAGCGCCAGCGUUGGCAGCAGGGCAGUGCACGCGCCGCGCUCGCGGCCGCAGCGUUGAGCCAG